GGACCAGAGAGCACGUCACCGCGCCGCCGUCGUAACCCUUACAACGCAACGCAGGCCACGGACGCCGCCGUCGCCGACGCCACACAAGCCGUCGCCGACACUACCCUAGAGGAAGCCCCGAAAAAGCCGGAGAUCAAGAUCGUCAAGACGACGAGCGACGCUCCUGUUGUAGAAAACGCCUGCGACGAGAAGUGGACGAGCGCCGAGCUCGCGGCGAAGUGUUGUGAUACCAUGGUCGCGGCGGGCAAAUUGCGGGCGACGCCCGCCUUCAUCCGCGAAGACCGCGAAGCCAAGCUCGUCAAGAUCUUCGAAGGCGCCAAGCUCGACGGCGCCAAGGUCCUCGCCUGCAAGAACGCGCGGGAAUUGGAGGUGAUUAUCAGAAACGCCACGGAGGGCGAGGGCUGGGUCGACCACGUCCAGUCGGCCAUGAAGACCUUCCUGCCGGCCGACGUGCAGCGCGUGAAGGUCGGCACGAUGGAGAGCGAGGCGGCGAAGAAGGCCAAGGAGGCCUACCGGACGAGGGUCUCGGAAGGGCGGACCAAUGCCACCAGAGAUCGAAGAAAUUCCCAGGACGACGACGCCUUCGCGUCGUUUGGGGGCGGUGGUGGCGGAAGGACGUGCUACAACUGCGGCCAGCCGGGCCACAUUAGUAGGGACUGCCCGAACCCGCCGUCCGGCCAGCGCCGCGAGCGCGACGACGCGUUCGCGUCGUUCGGCGGCGGCUCCCAGAAGGAGUGCUACAACUGCGGGCAAUUAGGCCACAUAUCGCGGGACUGCCCGAACGCCGGGUCGCGCGACGACGCCUUCGCGUCCUUUGGAGGCGGCCGGUCCUCCGACCGGGCCUGCUACAACUGCGGCCAGACGGGGCAUAUCUCCAGAGACUGCCCCAACGCGCCGAACGGCGGCGGCGGCGGCGGCGGCGACCGCCUCUGCUACAACUGCGGCCAGCCCGGGCAUAUUUCAAGAGACUGCCCGAACGCUCCUAGUGGUGGUGGCGGCGGCGGCUACGGCGGCGGCGGCUACUAG